UAGAUAUCACACAUUGGCUUGACAGCAGAGAACGCUUUUUGUGUGUAAAAAUUGCCAAUUUAUUAAUUGUGCGAUAACGUCGUUAAAAAUGUCAGAAAAUAAUGAAGCGUCUAUUGAAAGCAAUUGUUUUAGAGGCGGGUUUACAUUGAAAGCCUCUCGCUUAGGUGGCGCUGUUUUGCGUCCGCCUGUUCUUGGUCCGUCCGUGAUUGGUGGCGGAAGUCAUGUUAACAGUAAAAAUAGUUCCACAUCCUCAGCCGGCACUGAGAAACCACAAGAGGCGAAGCCGAGCGAAGAUAAUCCAUUUUUACGCGAGCAAAAAGACGAAGAUGAUGUUGGAUCAGGGGAGAUAGUGGAGUCCACUGAAAAGUCUGACAAAGACGAGAUUGAUGAGCGCCCAGAUCCGCUUACAAUGCUCCGCAACAACGGUAUGGAGCGGAGCAACAUUUUUGCAGCGGCCAAAACCACCAUGCCGCGUAUGGAAAGCAGCGGCUUUGUUUUUGGCCAGAAUGUGCACGAAAGAGUAGUUGGUGAAAACAUUGUCACAGAAUCCAAGGCAGAAUCUGGCACCUCGGAAAUAGCCUCAGCCACACCGCAGCUUCUAUUCUCGAGCGUAAUUCAAAAGGCUGCUAAAACUACAGAGAAUAACGAAGCCACAGGAAAAAGUAAAGAAGUUGAGGCCAAGAGCCUGACAGAUGUGGCGCGUGAGUAUGAGGAGAGUCGUGCUCAAAAGCGUAAAUACGAGGAGGUUGAAACUUUUACUGGCGAGGAGAACGAAAUCAAUAUUGUCGAUGUCAGCUGUAAGUUGUUCGCCUUUGUGAAUAGCAAUUGGGAGGAGCGCGGUCGCGGCAGUCUGCGUCUUAACGAUGCAAAAGCUGAGGACGACUCCUCACGUGUUGUGUUUCGCACUUCGGGCAACUUGCGGUUGCUGCUGAACACAAAAGUCUGGGCAGCCAUGGUGGCCGAGCGUGCUAGCCAAAAGUCAUUGCGUCUAACCGCAAUGGACAACACGGGCACGGUGAAGAUCUUCCUGGCCAUGGGCAGGCCUGCCGAUAUAGCACAGCUGCACAAGGCACUGAGCGAGCGCAUUAUCAAACGCAAACUGACACAUCCCGAGGAGUGCGCAGCUACGGGUAGUGGCGAGCAGGCAAAAAAUGGAUUGAGUCGCAAAGAAGGUGAUGCAGAUUGCGCUACCAGCUCACAGCCCGAAUCAACUACCAAUGAUGACGAGGACGAUGAUGCAGACGAUGACACUGUUAACAAUUCUGCUGCUGCUGCUGCUGCUGACGGCACUGAUUUGACCGAAGUUGAAGCCCAGGCGGCUAAAGCUGAUAAGAAAGGUGUUGAUGGUACUGAAGACGCAGACAGCACUGAGCCUAGCCCCAAAAAACCUCUAGUAGUGGUGGCCGACAGUAGCGCCGAUGUCAAGGAGCAGGAGCAGAGCAGCAGUGCUGGAGGCGAGGCUGGAGCUGCCGUCGAUGACGGAGUACUUUCGUAUUUUUUAUAAAAGAAUUCAACUAUUUAAACGCUUCAAAUAAAUGAAGUGCUGAUUUGUACGCCGGAAACCUGAGCAAUCACGCACCAAUGCAAAUGAAUGAUAGCCAUCUACACAAUUUCGAAGUAAAUUUCCGCAGUUAUAAAACGGACCUCCGCCCGCGGUUUUCCCAAUAAAUGAUAAAUGUUACUCUGCUGUUACCAAGAUAUGAUUGGAACAAUAGCGAUGAGCGCCUUCUUCAAUAAAGUUAUCCAAAUUCAAUAA